CUUCUACUGGUUGUCUGUUGUUUUGCACCUGAACUUUGACAGAUUAGAUUUAUAUAUUUUGAAAAAGCUACAACUUUCAGACAAAAACUCUGUUUUAGAAAAGUAAAACUGGCUAAUUACGGCGAUAUGGAUGUAGAUCCGACUCCAGGUAAUUCCGGUGGUUUACCCACUUCAUUAGUCUUACAAACAUUACCAAAAAUAGAUGAAGAUCAUAUACUAAGUUCGAAACCUCCAAAGGAGAGGAUUUUAGAAAUGCUAGAUCUACUGGAGAGCCAUGUUGAGAAAUUGAGGAAAAAUGCUAGUCAAAUAGAAGAAGAUAAAGAUGCCCUUUUGUGCACUCUUGAUUCUGUUCUAAAUGCUGAUCUUAUGUAUAGUCUCGAAGCUAAUGAUAGGGACGAUGUAACCCGAUACGCCGAUCGAGUCAUGAACAGAUGCCUAACUGUAGAAGUUAAAGUACAUACCCACAGAGAUAAAUUGCAAGAAGAAGCCCUGUUCCAAGUUAACCGCUUGAUCGAUGGACUCGUCAUGGGGCUCAAAUCUGACGCUGAAUUGGCUAGAUCUAAAUGUGAAAGUUAUAUGAAUGCCUGUUCUGCUAGUGUUGUCACAGGCGCCACAGACAAGAACUUCGAAUCAACUCUUCUGGGCUGUACGGUAGACGAUCAGAAAAAGGUCAAAAGACGACUUCAGGGACUGCUCAACUACUUCGAAAAGUUAGAAGUAGUGUCGUUAGAAGAAAUGAAUUGUUAAACAUAGUUAGUUAAUUAUUAUACAAUGAAGACUGCUAAACUUUAC